CUUGAGUGCUAGGACGGAAAUAUUAUAGUGGUGCACACCCAAAAAUAAUUCAGCAUGGCGUCAAGUCAUUUGUGCAAGCUUCACAGUCUCUUAACGCGACUUUCUAACGGUUCCACACUACUACGUGUACAAACAUGUGUGGUGCCAAUGCGACAGAAGUCCAGUGUCACUGGUCCUUCACUUGAUGGCCCGAACUGCAAUGUGGAAAUUGGUGUGACCUCAGACGGGAAAACCAUAGUGUGCUACCAUCCUACUGUCGACAUUCCCUAUGAGUUUACCCAGCCUAUAGAACGACCAGACCCCUUGAACACCCCGGUUGAGACCCACGACCAGAUUUUAAAGGCCCACCUCAGCAAGGAGGUGCUGAAGGACAAGAAGGGGCCCACUAUAGAGGAGCUGAGCAAUAUGUUUUUCACCACCAAACAUCGGUGGUAUCCAGUAGGACAGUACCACAUGAGACGCAGAAAGCGGGAUCCCCCAAAGGACAGAUAGUUGAAGGCCAAAGUUACAGUCUGUUUUAUUGUCACAAUAAUGUAUAAUAAACUGUUCAAUAUUUU